AUGAGCUCGGGCCAGCGCGCCGGCGGCGACGCGCGGAAGGACGGCCCGGCGGGCGGCGGCGUGGGGCGUCCCGCGACGGCAGCCGGGGCCUGGGCGGUGAGCGCCGUGUGCCUGCUGCUCUCCGUGGGCUCGGCAGCCGCCUGCCUGCUGCUGGGCGCCCAGGCGGCCGCUCUGCAGGGCCGGGUGGCGGCGCUCGAGGAGGAGCGGGAGCUGCUGCGGCGCGCGGGGCCGCCGAGCGCCCUGGCUGCCUGGGCCGAGCCGCACCUGGAGCGCCUUCUGCGCGAGAAGUUGGAGGGACUGGCCAAGCACCGGACAGUUCGGGAAGCACCGACCGCGUGUGUCUGCCCACCAGGCCCUCCUGGACGGCGCGGCAAGGCUGGAAGAAGAGGCGACCCCGGUCCUCCCGGGCAAUCAGGACGAGAUGGCUACCCGGGGCCACUGGGUCUGGAUGGCAAGCCCGGACUUCCAGGCCCCAAAGGGGAAAAGGGCGCACCAGGAGACCUUGGCCCUCGGGGAGACCAAGGGCGAGAUGGAGCUGCUGGGCCUCCGGGGCCCCCUGGACCCCCUGGAGCCCGGGGCCCUCCUGGCGACACCGGGAAAGAUGGCCCCAGGGGAGCACAAGGCCCAGCGGGUCCCAAAGGAGAGGCUGGACGUGACGGCGAGAUGGGCCUGAAGGGACUCCCAGGGCCCAAGGGUGAGCCUGGCAUUCCUGGAAAGAAGGGGGAUGACGGGAUUCCAAGCCAGCCAGGGCUCCCCGGACCCCCAGGCCCUAAGGGCGAGCCAGGGAACACGGGGCCUCCAGGAGAAAAUGGUGUGGACGGCGCCCCAGGGCCAAAGGGAGAGCCCGGCCAGCGAGGCGUGGACGGAGUCUCAGGACUGCGGGGUCCCCAGGGCCUCAAGGGUGAGCAAGGAGACACGGUGGUGAUAGACUACGAUGGCAGGAUUCUGGACGCCCUCAAGGGUCCUCCUGGGCCACAGGGGCCUCCAGGGCCCCCAGGGAUCCCCGGAGCCAAGGGUGAGCUGGGAUUGCCUGGUGCCCCAGGAAUCGACGGAGAGAAGGGUCCCAAAGGAGCCAAAGGAGACCCAGGAGAGGCUGGGCCAACCGGACCCAAAGGGGAGGCAGGCGAGAUGGGCCUGUCAGGCCUCCCGGGCACCGACGGGCCCAAGGGGGAGAAGGGAGAGUCAGCAUCUGACAGUCUACGAGAGAGCCUGGCCCAGAUCAUAGUGGCACCAGGGCCCCCCGGCCCCCCUGGCCCCCCAGGCCCCAUGGGCCUUCAGGGAAUCCAGGGUCCCAAGGGCUUGGACGGAGCAAAGGGAGAGAAGGGUGUGUCAGGUGACAGAGGCCCCAGCGGCCUGCCUGGGCCAGCCGGCCCGCCAGGUCUUAUUGGGCUGCCGGGAACCAAAGGAGAGAAGGGAAGGCCCGGGGAGCCAGGACUAGAUGGGUUCCCUGGACCCCGAGGAGAGAAAGGUGACCGGAGCGAACGUGGAGAGAAGGGGGAGCGAGGUGUCCCAGGCCGGAAAGGCGUGAAGGGCCAGAAGGGUGAGCCGGGACCACCAGGCCUGGACCAGCCGUGUCCUGUGGGCCCCGAUGGAUUGCCCGUGCCUGGCUGCUGGCAUAAGAUGGCCCAAGGUUCCCCAGGCCAGGACGAGAUUCCUGCCCAGCUGGAUGCUGGGAGCUAUGGGGAGCGCCCCCAGUGGGUCACGCUCCCAAGCGAGUUCAAUAGGCCUCGGGAACCCAGCCUGCUCACCCAGAAGGGAGUCAUGAUGGGACUCUGUCAGCCCAAGGAGACCGGGCUGCGGCUCAAGAGUUUGGGUCUCACUGGCCCCAACUCUCCACCUGAGAGGACUCUGGGCAGCCUGCCAGAACUGGUCUUUCGGAUGAGCCAUGCAGACGAAGAGGGCCCGGUGCCCUGA